GUCAGACUUUCACCAUUAGCCAGCUAACAGCUAUCAGCUAACGUAAGCUAACAAGUGUCAAAAUGACUGAUUUUAGAGUCAGUGAAGACGGCUUUUCACUGACCAAGGCCGUGGAGGACGUCAGUCAGCACAGCUUCACGCAGACCGAGGCUCUGAAGGAGAAACAGAAAACCCUCAGCUCCCUGCAGGCUACUCUUUCAGAUGUUCAGAAGAAGGCCGAGAUGGCAGAUCAGGAGCUGAGAUCUAAGGUGAGGGACGCCCUGGUGCUGGAGGGCAACUUGGAGCACCUGCAGCGGCAGGCAAAAGUCCUGCAGGAUCGUUGUGUGUCCAUCAACAAGGAAAACACACAACUCCACAUUCGCAUAUGUGAGCAGGAAGAGAACGCUUGCACGGCGCUGGCAGGGUUCGACACCUACCGACAAAAGAUGGAGGGUCACGCAGCCGCUGUUUUGCGUGUGGCAAAAAAGACGGAGGCCUUUAAAGAGCUGGAGGAGAAGAGAGCGCUGGUCAGGAUGUUGACACAGAAGAAAGAGGAGCUGAGGGAGGAUCUGGACAGCUCAAAUGGAAACACAGCACAUCUGGCAAAGCGAGAGAUUAAGGCUCUUAAGGGCGAGGUCUCUUCGAUGAGGCAAAUCAUAGCUGUGCAGAGAGAGCGACUGCAGAAAGAGUUUGAGACUCACACCCGGAUGAAGAAAGACAUAGAGAUCCAGAACAGGCGCUACGAAGCAAUCGUCAAGCGCCUCCACUGCCAACUGAGCAGGGCCCAGUCUGCCCACAGGCAAAUGUGUGAAGAUAUCUACCACAUGGAGAGGCAGCUGGCUGAGCUCAAGAAGCAGCGGGAGUCCUCACAGGGCACCGGGGCCAGUAAACUGUAGUGUCGGCUAGUCCAAUUUGAAUUUGUUUUACGAGAACAUGAUCAAUUGCCCUGGGCUUGACCAGAGCGGAGGAGCUGACCUCAGCACCGGCUAGCCGUCAACUGGGAAGGUAAAUAACCCCCGGAGGGUCAAUACGAGGAGGGUGUCAGAUCGCGGAAACGCCGGAGGCUGAGUUCAGAUCAGUUUGGCUGAAGUGGGAACACACUGUGCUUUACAGAAGAACAGGACCACCCCUCUAUUCUCUGUUCAUCACGAGGCGUCGUUACACGGUCUCUGGUUUGCUGUGUUUUGACUGACAGAAACUACAAUACCGAUAAUGACUAGUGAUUUAAUCAAACAACAAUAAUCUAAAGUAUUUGUUUGUGUUCAGAAACAAUCAAUCGACUGAUGAAUCGAGUAAGAUCUACAUUCGCAAUCACACCACAUCAAUACCUCCAAACAAGAUUUUCACACUUAAUUCGUCUUCAAAAACUUAAGAAACUACAUGGUUCCUCUCAAGGGGUUUAUCCUCAAAUAAAAACUCACGUGGAAUAUCGUAAACACAAAUUUU